CUCGUCGGCGCAGACGCACAAAUAAUACACAAGAUGGAGCUAAAUCUGCUGGGCAGAAUAUUUGUGCUGUUCGCGGCGGCGCAUUACGGGGGCGCCACCGACCUGCACAGAAGUAUCAGACAAGCACCAGGCAGCAUAUUCACCGUGGGCAACGGGGAGCCGUGCCUGGGGUCUGAUAGGACCACGGGGGGCGUCUGUCUGUCAAGGAACCAGUGUAACACUCAGGGAGGGAAGGCGGUCGGCUUCUGUGGGGUCUUCGCUACGUGUUGUUCUUUAAACGCCUGUGACGUCAGAACCAACACGAAGGUGGCCGUAUUCAUAAACCCACCCCUGACCCGAGAGUCCUCAGGCUUAGAAUGCUCUUACAAUGUAGAAAUCAACAACAACAACGUUUGCCAGAUGAGGAUUGACUUCGAAACCUUCAAUUUGGCGCCUCCAUCUACUGUAGAACCAGUAGAGAAUGUAACCCAGCGCCCUGGCUUCACUUGCCGCAAUGACAUCUUCCAAAUCACCAACUUGCAAGCCAACUCCGACGUCUUGCCGUCCCUUUGCGGUGACAACAAUGGACAGCACUUAUACGUCCGCGUGAACGCGUCCACCAACAGCCGUUCCAUCCGCAUCAACUUCAAGAUCGCAGACCGCAGCACGCAGCCCAACCUGCCUCAAGCCACGUGGAAGAUCAAGGUGACCCAGCUGGAGUGCUUCAACACUCUUGGAAAAUACCGCGACGGCAUCUUCGAGGCGAUCACCUCCUCUCUGCCCUCCACGCCCCUCACCUCAUCCGCUGACAGAGACGAGUACCUCAUUGCUCCCCCCGGCUGCCUGCAGUUCUACCCAGACCGUGCGGGCACAUUCGAAUCGUUCAACUACAACCGAGGUUCGGGCCCUUACAUCGCCAACCUGGCUUACGCCUCGUGCUUCAAGCGAACACCCGACGUUUGUGGUAUCAAGCUAACAUCAGCGAGCUUCGAGAUGGCCUACCGUCAGGAAGAGAACCUGUACCUCGACACGGACUGUCAGAUCAACCCGGUGACCCAGGGCGCCACGCAGUCUGAAGACUACCUGUUCAUACCGGAGGCCGAGACCACAGACGGCCUGAGAGGCUCCAAGUUCUGCGGGACCAGCGCUUCUAACCAGAUUAUUGCUUCAACACCACCAGGCCCGCUCUACGUACACUUCCACAGCGACAAUCUGGUGACCGACGACAUCGCAGAAUCCGGAUACAGGUUCAACUACAACGUACUCAACAACUGCUACCUCAAGAAGUAGUUAAACUGUGUACCUGAGACAGCUGUCAAAAACGUCAAACUUUCGUCUUUUCUGGUGCUUUUCAGCAAUUUUCAAGACUCGACGAUAAAUUUUUGGUAUUUUCUGAAAUUUUUCAGUUGUUUUCAUGAAUAAAUCGAAAGUUUUUUUGAGACCCUUUGCUACUUGUGGCACUACAAGAUAUUUUAAUUUAUUUAAAUGUGUAAAAAUUAGAAAUUUGACACCCAUUCUUACAAUUUACACCUAUUUUUUAUACUUUGACACCUACAUUGUAUAAAAACUGAUGCAUGUAUUAUUUUUCAUUAAAAUUUAUACUUCGAUGUAGAAAAAUAUUAAUGAAAUUAUUAGUAUAACUGGUAUAACGCCUUGGCCACGUAUAAUAUAACUCUUUGACAGGAAAAAGGAGAGUUUUUAGUUGUCAAAUUAACUUUUACUUAGUGCAUUUACUCGUAUUAGUAUUACUUUUUGAUGGGGCAGGUUUGUUAAAGAAUUCCUAUAAGACUGAGUAUUACUUUUGUGGUCUAAGGGUUUUUCUAUAAUAAAUAAGAAAUAUAUUGAAUUGAUAACUAUUUUGUUUUAUAUGUGGCUAAUGAUUUUAU